UCCCUUCCUGGUCCUACCAGCCCUACUGCUAACCUGAUCUACGGGUCGCCGAGACGACCCACGUCUGGAAUUUGCAUUAUUACCUCUUUGUAUAUACCUUAGGUACCUUACCUGAUCCGAUCCGUGGCAGGCUCAUGUGAGUAUGUUGUGAGUAUGUUAUGCACGUAUUUUGUACCCGAUGUUGGAUGUGAGCUCGAUGCCAGGGGUUGUUCUUUCCAUGGCACGGUCCACAUUAUCGUUACUCUCCCUUAAUAUCCUGUGACUUGGGAAACUGAGAUCGACUUUUGACAUUUACAUUCACUUCUCACUUGAUCCAGUGGCGAUUCACAGUCUUUACCUACAUAUUUGUUUUUAUAUUUAAAGUCGCUCUUUUGCCAGCAGGUUUCUGGAAACUUUCUAUUCCCCAUACGAAACGUAUUCCUUUCCUUUUAUAGCAUCAUUCAUCAUGGUUUCCUCUACAUUCGUAGGCUCCCUGGCCUCCAGGGCUAUUUUCUUAAUGUCUAGUCACAUCACCCACCGCACAGACUCGGCGACAUAUGCUUCAUACAGUGUCGACGGGCUGAAAGCUUUGCAAGGCUGGUAUAAUCGCGAGACUGGUCUCUGGGAUACCACUGGGUGGUGGAAUAGCGCCAAUUGCUUAACUGUGUUGGCCGACUUUGCUGUCAUCGAUCCGGCAGCUUCCACCAGCUUGAAUAUCCCAGAGAUUAUUCAGAAUACCUACGACCAAGCGCAGAAGACACCAGUAAAGGCGACCAAAAUUCUGUCCCCGAUAGGACUUCCUGUAUCAUCGUACAUCAGAGUACCAGCGUCAAAAAGAUCAGAGCUUAGCAAGAGGGGGUUCGACAACUUUCUCAAUGAUUAUUAUGACGAUGAGGGCUGGUGGGCCUUAGCCUUGAUCCACAGCCAUGACGUUGGUGUCAAGGGUAUGGGAGAUCAGGAGUACCUCCAAGCCGCAGUGGACAUAUUCGAGGAUAUGAAGAAGGGUAACUCUACCUGCGGCGGUAUCUUCUGGAGCAAGGUGACCCCGUAUACCAAUGCCAUCGCAAAUGAGCUUUACCUAGCCGUUGCAGCAUCCCUUGCGAACCGGAUACCCUCUCGGAAGGAUUACUUCUUGGAUGUCGCCAAAACUCAAUGGGACUGGUUCAAGAAGAGCGGUCUGAUUAACAAGGAUAAUUUGAUCAACGACGGACUUACCGAUGACUGCAAGAACAACGGCAUGAAUACCUGGACUUACAACCAGGGCGUUAUUCUAGGUGGAUUAGUGGAGCUUUCCAAAGCUACAGGUGACAAGUCACUACUCACCACGGCUCAGACUAUUGCUUCAGCUGCUAUUACCAAGCUGUCGAAGGACGGUAUUCUCUUCGAGGGCUGCGAGCCGGACUGUGGCAGCGACGGCGCACAGUUCAAGGGCAUUUUUAUGCGUAACCUACACUAUCUACAGGCAGCGGCGCCUAUGGAACCCAUCAAGAACUUCUUGCUUACGAACGCGGAUACGAUUUGGGCUAAGAACCGCAAUGACAAGAACCAGCUUGGAACUACUUGGGCAGGACCUUUUGGUAAUGCGACAGCGGGUACACAAAGCUCUGCCUUGGACACCAUAGUGGCGGCGGCAGCGGUGGCUUGAUAACCUCGCCGCUGGAUGGGAUGGGAACACAUAGGCGAAUUGGCGUUCAGGGAUAAUUGGCACGGGAUGCUAGUAGAUACCAUUCAUUAUCAUUAUGAUUCUUAUUAUUAGUCACAUGAGCACCGCAGCAUCAGACUAGGCGGCCUUUCCAAUUAGUUAUUUAAUUGGUAAUUAGUAUAGUUAAUUAGAUAGUCUCUAUGUAAUGAGCCAAGCGAAGACUCACAAUCCUUCACCAAACUUGUAUUCUCUCCCUUAUUCACCAAUGAAAACCGAGCGGCAGGUUUGCCUUACGCGAAAGUCACUUCGUCGUUAGACAGAAAAAAAACACGCAAUACGUAA